AUGGCUGCCAACGCUUCGGUCGCGUUUGACCUCCCUCCACUCCCCAGUUACACCCUCACAGAGCGACAACCGGUGUUUCCGCCCAUUCCCGAUAACGCUGUCGCCCUCUUUCUACCGAUCAUCGCCUACUGGGCCCUGUCUGGUAUCUAUCACUAUCUCGAUGUCAAUAACUACUUCGAACAAUACCGUCUACACACCCCGGCCGAGCUAUUGAAGAGGAACCGAGUCAGCCGCUGGGAGGUUUCGCGUAUUUUGAUCCCCCCCGAGAUGACCGGCUUGGACGAUUACAAUGUGGCGACCUGGGCUCAACGCGUGCGCAUCGCUCAGCGAGCAAUCCCGACCAUCUUGACCAUCCUCGGCCUCGACGCCCCCGGCCUGGCCAAGUCGGUUUCCCAGAACGGUCACUCCAUCUUGGCUGGUGCCUUGGCCGGUGGUUCUUAUCCUGGCAUGGUGCAGUCAAUGAUCCUGGAUAAUGGAGCCGAAGUCACUGCCCCCGCCUUUGCUGGUUGGGAAUUGGCUCUGGCCUCAUUUGUCUACUGGUACUUCGUCCCGGCUCUGCAGUUCCUCAUCGCUAUCUCCAUCGUCGAUACCUGGCAAUACUUCCUCCACCGCGCUAUGCAUCUCAACCGCUGGCUCUAUGUAACCUUCCAUUCCCGUCAUCACCGUCUGUACGUCCCUUAUGCCUUCGGCGCCUUAUACAACCACCCCGUGGAGGGCUUCCUCCUAGAUACCGCCGGUACGGGAAUUGCCUUCCUGCUCACUGGCAUGACCAACCGCCAAGCGAUGUGGUUUUUCACUUGCUCGACCAUCAAGACCGUUGACGAUCACUGCGGCUACGCUUUCCCCUGGGAUCCCCUACAGCAUUUUACCUCCAACAACGCCGCCUACCACGAUAUUCAUCACCAAAGCUGGGGUAUCAAAUCCAAUUUCUCUCAGCCCUUCUUCAUCUUCUGGGACCGGCUACUGAACACCCAAUGGAAGGGUGAGGUGAAGCUUCGCUACGAGCGGGCCCGGGACAACGCACAGAAGCAGGUGGACAUGGAGACCGCACAAGCAACCGAAGCUGCCGCCAAUGAAGUGACGACGCCCGCUAUCGAGCCCCAGCCCGUGGUGGUCUCUUCUGAGGGGCCGGCCGCACGCACUCGCUUGCGUCGCAAGACUGUCGACAGUCUCAAGGGCCCCAGCCAUGGCGUCCCCGGCAGCGUCUUGCACAACUAA